AUGAAUAUGUUGGAUGAUGAAGAUGACCAAAGCUUUCACGCUACGCGUGACGGCUACUCCCAUUUGAGCGAUGUCGAAUGGGAUGCGGUUGAACGAAUGGGUUCGACCAUGGGCAUCCAUGCUGUUAGCGUCAUGCUAGAGGCUCUCAAUAGAGAUGCCCAACAUGCUACUAUCGCCAAGUUCAUUCAAAAUGAACUUGACGCAGAACGCGAGAAAGUAGCCUUGCUUCACCAACAAGGUUCUCAACAAGCAGAGUUGUUGAGAGAACAAGGUGCUCAACAGUUUGAACUGUUGAGACAGCAGCAAGCUGCUGCUGGCGGGUCGAUGCACUCGCGUCGACCCGAGACUUUGAAGAUUGACAUCUCAAAGGCGCGUCGCAUCGACGACGGGGAUAUGCAAGUUGCAUUUGCCCAGUCAAAUCUGGCAGGACGUGCCAAGACUUGGGCACUGGGGCUCAAGCUGCACGACCCAUAUGCGUUUGGGUCGUUGGAAGUCUUCAAGUCGCGGCUCAGACAAACGUUUGAACCGCCUAGAGCUGAGUUCAGAGCUCGAACCGAACUCUUGAAGCUCAAGCAGGGUAAGCGUGAUGUGCACGCUUACGCUCAACAUAUACGACAUCUCACGAGUUGUAUAAGUUCCAAUCCGGUGGAUGAACACACGUUGGUUUCGGUGUUCAUGCAGGGUCUUGCGGAUGGUCCCGUCAAGACUCACCUGUUCCGGCUUUGA